AUGGACUCUGAAGAUUGCUCCCUAACAGACAACAGCUCCGUGGAGAGAGGACGACAAAAUAAUGGGGCCAGCCUUCACUUUGCAACACAUCAUGAAGGGUCCCUUCAAGUUCCUAUCCCAUGUGCUGUCCUGAAUGUGGUCAUCAUCACCAUUUUGAUCAUAGCUCUCAUAACUUUAUCAGUGGGCCAGUACAAUUGUCCAGCGCCAUAUAUGUUUUUGGAACCAUCAAACAGCCAUGCUUCUUCAUGCUCAGAUGAUUGGAUUGGAUACCAGAGGAAAUGCUACUUUAUUUCCAAUAUAACAAGGAAUUGGACCUUGGCCCAAAACUCUUGCUUCAAACACGGUGCUACUCUUGCUGUCAUUGAUUCUGAAAAAGACAUGAUCUUUUUAAAAAGAUAUGUGGGUAGAGCUGAACACUGGAUUGGGCUGAAAAAUGAUGCUGGUCAGACAUGGAAAUGGUCAAAUGGCAAGGAAUUUAACAACUGGUUCAACCUCACAGGGUCAGAGAACUGUGCGUUUCUGAAUAGCACAGAGGUCAGCAGCACAGAAUGCGGAAGGCAUUUACAUUGGAUAUGUAGCAAACCCUUCAAACAAUGA